AGCUCGGCUUGUGUUCCGAUGGUAGUUCGCGAAAAUCACUUUUCUUUCUUUCUCCACUUUUUGUUAUCCCCUCCUCAAAAUGAGCUUCCUUUGGUCAUUUGGAUCAAGUAAAAAGGAACCAGCUGGUUCACCUGCUGCACCUGACCAGCAACAGCAGCAGCAGCAUAACACCUUUAAAACAAUGAGCACAGCUUUUCGAAGAGGUGUACAAUAUAAUAUGAAAAUCGUGGUACGCGGUGAUGUCAUGACGGGCAAAUCGACCUUGUUCAACCGGCUUCAAGGGGCAGAGUUUGAUCCCGCAUACAAUUCUACACCAGAAAUACAGGUGGCCAACAUACCCUGGCAAUAUAAAGAUUCAAACGAUGUCAUCAAAGUCGAAGUAUGGGACGUGGUUGAUAAAGCUCACAACAAGACGCCGUCCACAACGGAUACAGGCAUCAAACUCGAGCAUAAUGCACCAACAGCAACACCAAAAUCACAACAAGAAGUGCAACAAGAAGCAUCAUCAUCAACAGCAGCAGACCUUGGACUAGAUGCAAGCACAGUAAACGUUUAUAGGAAUAGCCAUGCAGCUCUUUUUGUUUUUGAUAUAACCAAGCCAUGGACGUUCGAUUAUGUAAACAAUGAAUUGCCAAAUGUUCCCGAAAGUAUUUCUGUUCUCGUACUUGGAAACUUUUCGGAUAAGAGUGCGGAACGUGUUGUCAGCUUGGAAGAAAUUCAUGCUACACUCUAUCAGCAUAAUCAAGAAAGAAUCGAAAAGGGAGCCAUCAAACCCAAUUUGAUACGCUAUGCAGAAGCAAGCAUGAAAACGGGACUGGGAUUACAGUACAUCUACGAUUACCUCGGUGUCCCAUUCCUCCAGUUGCAGAUGGAAACUUUCAAAAAGCAACUCGAACUGAAAGCUACUGAGAUAGUAGAUACAUUAGAAACACUUGAUACCAAUGAUAAAGUUCCUGAUGUAAUGCAACGUAGGAGAGGCCAAGACAAUUUUGAUCAACCGUCGGAACCUCAUUUAGCAAGACAACGAGAUGAUAUGAAGAAAGUGUGGGACCAAGAACUUGAGGAUAUUGCUGUGGAUAGUUUGCCCGCUUUGGAAGUUCCUUCAUCGCCAUCCUUUGUUCGAAAAGAAACACCACCACCACCUACAGCCCCUGUCCGAGGUCGUCGACGUGAAGGAUCACUUGUAUCAGAUUCAGAUCGGAUGCCUGCUGCAGUUGACCAAUUCGACGCCGGCGAGCUGGAAGACGAUUGGUUUGGAGAAGAUACAACAGAUAACAACAACACAGGACCAUCAUUUACUGCUCCCAAAAAACAAGAUUCCGAUAACGAAGAUUAUAACGGCAAUCCAAUGGUGGCCGGGGAUGAAGACGUUGAAUCUGUUGAAUACUAUAACACCAGAAAAUCCAGUGCUGACGGUAGACCGGAUGUGCGGCAGAUAGCAACAGCAAAGGAUAGCGACCAUGACAAUGACGACUUUAAUGAAGAAGAGGAGGACAAAGACGACGAAGAUCAGCAGCAUUCGCCUGCAGUAUUUCAUAGCGAAUUGAGCAGUGUCUGGGGCUCCACGUCUCAUGACCACCGUCAACGUAGCCAUUCGUUGCUUAUGCGACAAGCUCGGGUUGAAUCUGACAGCGAAGAUGAAGACAAUGCCUUCUCGCCAGCUCCAAUCCCGGACGAUCGCUUUCAGGAACCAGAUAUCCUUGAGGGAUCACCAGCAGCAGCGUCUCCGCUCGUGACGGGUGGCGGCUUUGGAAGUUAUGAAGAGAUUGGUGGCGACAGUGAGAAUCCUUGGUCGUGGGAUGAUCGGCAACAGCAAAAAACACAAGAAGAUGACGGUUUCUGGGCAGAUACCACAGAAAGUGAACCACAGGCUACAAAUAGUACCGGUGCUACUGAUCUUCACCAUGAAACAUUAGAUGAAGCUGCUGAGAGUCCUGAGGCGACAGCGAGUCCGUCGGAAAAGAGUAAAGGAAAUAAGAAAGCUUCGAGUAGCAGCAGUGGCACGAAGAAGAAGAAGAAGUCCAAGGAUGGCAAAAAGAAAAAGAAGACGACGACGACCUCGCCUUAAUAAUAUACACGACACUAUUGUGGAAAACCACUACACUGUAAUAAAUAUGUAUCAUACUCCUUUUUAAGAGCUGGUUCGCAUGAUGCAAGCAGUAUGUACAGCACAAAGUUUAUGGCCGUGGAUGCUGAUGUAAUGUCGCUAUUAUAAUAUUCAACACAUUGUCUCUGUAGCACAUUAUUGUAUUUCGCUGCUUCUCAGAACCACACCUUGUGAUUUCAACCAUUUAAAAGAAAGCUGUUGGUCAUGGCAUCCUCUAAUCUUGUCGCGAGUGCAUACAGUAGCUACAUAAUAG